AGUCAGAACGCCGCCGCGCCAUAUUUGCCGGCCGCCAUUUUAUUUGAGUUCACUUUCUUCGACUUUAUUCAAUUUUAUGUACAUUGUGCGUCUAAAAAUCAAUAAUUUGAUCUAUAAAACAUUUAAAUUGAAUAAACUUUUUUUAAAGUGUGGGAAUGAAAUUUUUGACUACUAGAUAUCUAUUCAUAAAGUUAUAAAACAGGAAACAUGUCACGAUACGGUGACUGUAAAGUGUAUGUGGGUGAUUUGGGAAAUAAUGCAAGUAAACCCGAGUUAGAAGAUGCUUUCUCAUAUUAUGGACCGUUGAGGAAUGUUUGGGUAGCACGGAAUCCGCCUGGUUUUGCUUUUGUUGAAUUUGAAGACCCUCGUGAUGCUGAAGAUGCCAUACGAGGCUUAGAUGGUCGAACAAUAUGUGGUCGCAGAGCACGUGUAGAAAUGUCCAAUGGAAGCAGAGGCUAUGGUGGCCGUGGACCUCCACCUCGUUCCCGUUUGCCACCACGUCCAUAUGAUGAUCGCUGCUAUGAUUGUGGUGACAGGGGUCACUAUGCCAGAGACUGUACACGUCGUCGCCGUCGCAGCCGGUCAAGGUCUCGCCGUCGCACAAGAUCGCGCUCGCCGCGGUCAGGCUCCAGGUCACGCAGUCGCAGCCGCUCGCGUUCUCGUUCCAAGGGACGCUCUAUGUCGCGCUCCAGGUCACGUUCACCAUCCAAAGAUUCAAAAAAAUCCAACUAAAUGUACUAGUACAUUGAACAAUCAGACACUCCAUUAUUUUUAAUAAUUUCUAAACAUAUUUGUAAGGAAUUACAUCUACUAAUGAGAUAUUUGCCAUUCCUUUGCAUUCAUUUUGUAAUAAUAGACACAGUGUAACAAUGGAUAUUGAUUUUGAAAUCAAUAAACUGUCAUUUUAAUAUUAGUAU